UCGGAUGGCUGCAGGAUGAGGAGCCGCUGAAAGAGACUGGGCCAACUCUGACACGGGACCCAAAAAAACUGAGAGCAGAGAGCAGCUUCAAAUGCAAAGUUUCCAACCGCGUCAGCUCUGAAAUCAGCCAGCCGGUUAAAAAAACCUGUCCUGAGUCUAAGCAACCUGCCCCUGAACUGUUAUUUGGCUUUGAGUUCUGGACCAUGGUGGGCAUCCUGGCUGGUGGAGGAGGUCUUGUUCUGUUGCUGAUUAUCGUCACCAUCGUUUUAUGCACCCGGGCCAGACGCCGACGACACAAUCGACUGAAGGAGGAGGAAGAGCUUCGACUGGGAUGGUCUGCUCAACAACAACAACAACAACAGCAGCAACAUCAACAUCAACAUCAACAUCAUCAUCCUCACCACCAUCAGCAUCAGCCGGCCGGACACACUGGUCCUCGGCAGCACCGGUCCAAAGCGCCCCGUAACCCGGAGCAUCCCAGAAGUGCUGACAACCCCUGUCCCAACCCCCGCCACCCCCAUCCCCGGCCCAGCCCCAGAAUCCCUGACCAGGGCUCAAGGCCAGCUGAGGUAGAUGAGGACCAGCCUCCUCCUCUUCCUCAGCCCAGGAAGAAAGGUCCCAGAACUCAAAGAACGAGAUAUGACGUCAAUCCAUGAUUUCAGGAGAUGGAUCCUCUUGUCCUGGUCUCGCCUGCCUUUCUCUGCUCCUUCAGUCUCCUCCUUUACUGAUUCCCCUCACUCCUGAUCUUCUCCUGUGACAAAACCUCCUACUUCACAUCCCGCUCCAUCAAGAUCAAGUAUUUUAUGAAAAGUUUUCUUCCAAGAGCCAAGUUCAGUCUGAGACAUUUCACUUGUCUGUGCUUUGGGGCUCAAAAACAUGGUGUCGUGAAAAGCAUUUUCUGUAAAACAACUGUGCUCUUUAUUCUGUAACACAGUAAAAGCUGUGCAAUCCUGAAAUUUUACCUUAAACUAUGAAUAGUCACACUUAAGCAAAUGAGUUUUGAUGGCAUCCCAAAACCAGAGGACAAACUUUGGGGAACUUCCAGCUUUUAUUACCUUGUACAGACUCAUAAUGUUAAUAUGAUGAUGUAUUUUUAGCUAAAUCUUUCGUAUCCAUACUCUGAUAUUUUACUCUAGAGCACAUUGUGAUAAGUGGGUCUUGUGCAAUGUGCAUAAAUGCUUGUUUGCUAACACUUCAGUCAUUAAUGUUAGCCUGCAAGUAGCCUAACAUUACUGUAUUCUGUAUGAAGACAGGUGAUCACUUAGAAAGCCAAUGAGCUGAAAUCACAAACUAAUGCAACAAAUUAAUUGAUAAACUAACUGUGAAUGCAUCUAACAUAUAUCAUGGCAAUUGGCCAGGUUUAGCCAUGUCUUAUGUGGAAAGUUAACAUUUUGGCAUGAGGGUGGUGGUAGAGGAAAGGUCAUGAGGUCAUCAAACUGAUAGGGUUCAUCCUCUGCGGAGCAUGAAUGUGUUCAUUAAAUUUCAUGACAAUGUGCCCAGUAGAUUUAAGGACAUGUUGUCAUGCAGCAUUGAUAUUGCCAUGUGUAACAUAAAGUAUGUUUUAUAUUGAACCUGUAUUUAUUUACAUUCAGUAGGAGCUGUAAUAUUGUAACAAACUCAUAUUCAUGAUUUUAUUGUCAUCAUGAAAUAGCAAACAACUUAAAGGGCCAUACCGCUGUUUUUGCUUGUGUUAGCCUAUUCACUACAGUUCCUGUAAACCUUAUAUUAUUACCAACCCCUUUUCAAAAUAUAAUUUACUCUUAUAUACAUAAAAAAAAA